AUGCCUCACGGAGCUGCCGAAUCCACCAAUUCGGAUUUGUUUACUUAUACAAGCGAUUUGGUGGAGGAUUCGGGCAGUUCCGGGCGUAGUAGAAGUACCUCAACGGUCAAUCAACCGCUUCCGGGGGAACAAGCUAUGCCUCCCGCUCUUCCUGUUAUGCAGGAAGCUGCUAACCAAGCAGCCCCUGUCCCCUAUCCCUACCCCCACGAUGAAAUUCUAGGGGGGGAUAGUGUGGAAUCCAUCCAACGAAGGCUUUUGGGGGGAUCCCCCUCUCCUUCUGCCCAUUUAAUUCAAAUGGCCCGGAUUCAAGCCGAAGACCUAUUCGAGGUCAAGGUCGAUAUCUGUCAGGUCAUGGCGGGCCUUCACCCAGGUGGAGAUUGGAUGGGACGGGGUGCGCGCGCCCUCGACAAUCCUCGUACCUUCACGGGCGAGGAUUCCCUAGAAAACCUUUCUAGACUAAGGGAUGGAGUUGUGAGCGAGGACGCCACAACAAUCACAACUUUAAAGCAACGUAUGCUUUGGCGCCGAUCCGAUGGUGAUACCGAAUCCCACGCAUAA